CAUGGCUGAUUUUGGAGAGGUUCUCCGUAGUAUCGGAGAUUUUGGAUUAUUUCAGAAGAUCACCCUGUUUGCUCUGAGCUUCCCAAAUUUUAUUCUCCCUUUUCAUUUUGCCAGCGUGCUUUUUGUCGAGUCCGAUCCGGAGCGACGGUGUAACACAGACUGGAUCCUCAGUGCCGGUCCUAAUCUGACCACGGAGGAGCAGCUGAACCUGACUCUGCCUCGGGAGGAGGAUGGGAGUUUCAGCAAGUGUCGGAUGUUCGUCCCUGUGGACUGGGACAUCGAUGACAUCAGGGAAAAUGGACUCAAUGAGACCAGCGGGUGUGUGAAUGGAUGGGUGUAUGGAAACAUGAUAUAUAAAGCCACCAUAGUCACUGAUUUUGAUCUAGUUUGUGAGCGGGCAAAUUUUCUGGAAGUGGCGCAAACAUUGUUCAUGGCUGGUAUCCUUGUUGGAUGUCUCUUAUUUGGACCAUUUGCUGAAUCGUUUGGUCGUAAACGAGCGACUCAGAUCCCAGUCGUUCUGAUGGUCGUAUUUUGUGUAACAACUGGACUAUGCCCCAACUUCUACUUAUAUUUGGCUUCCCAGUUCAUGGCAGGAAUUGGCUAUGGGGGAUUUCGAAUGAACGGCAUUAUACUGGCCACUGAAUGGAUCGGGGUGUCCAAACGAUCAUGGGGAGCAUGUCUGCCUCAGUUAUUCGCGGCAGUCGGACAGACGGUCCUUGCCGGUGUGAUCUACCUCGUCAGAGACUGGAGACUUGCCCAGUUUGUCACAGCAUCUUUGCUAGCAGUGGUCGCAAUCUACAUAUGGUUUAUUCCAGAGUCGGCCAGGUGGUUGUUGAACAGAGGAAGGACUGACGAGGCUAACCAGCUGAUUACCAAAGUGGCAAACAUCAACAAGCGCACUGUUCCCGAACUUGUGCUGGAAAAGAUUGUUGUCAAAGAAACUAAGACAAAGGGAGGCGUGAUAAUUCUUAUCCAAUCACCUCUGCUUAGGAAGUAUUUCUUUACCGUAAUUUUUGCAUGGUUCUCCCUGAAUGUUACCUACUACUGCCUUUCAUUCAACGUGGGGAAGCUCGGACUGGACGUCUUCAUGACGCAGGCCAUGUUUGGCCUGAGUGAACUACCGGCUCAUAUUAUGAGCAUUUGGCUGUUGGAAGUACUGGGGAGAAAGGUGUCAUUCAUGUCGACGAUUCUGAUGGGAGGAUUAAUGUGCAUCUUACUCUUAGCUGUUCCUCAAGGUAAUGCUGUUGCUGUCACCAUAUUAGCAACUGCAGGGCGUUUUUUCACCAACUGGGCAGCGUCCAUAUGCAACGUUUAUGUUCAGGAGCUGUUUCCAACAUCAUUCCGGCAAACAGCCUCUGGUUUGGGCUCCAUUGCCAGCCGAGCUGGUGGGCUGCUGGCUCCGCUGCUCAACAUGUUGGCCAUGUACCACUGGGUCAUUCCUAUCAUCAUCUACAGCACCCUGACUCUGGUCAGUGGAGCUCUCGGCAUCGUGCUCCCUGAGACCAGAAGAAAAGAGCUUCCGGAUUCAACUGACGAGGCCGAGAGCAACAGAAGUAAAACUACCCUGAAGAAGCCAAGUAAAUCUUCAGGAACCAAGUCAACCCGUCUGUAACACUGAAGCAACUGUCUCCACUCUAUUUUUGUGAAAAGUGCUGAUAUUUUUGGUUUUCUUUGCUUUGAUGACUCCACUGAAUCCUCUGAAGCGCUCAAAUUUCCACUUUUACUCCCCAAAGAUCAGACUCUCCUCGAAUCAUUGCCGUGAACCUUGCUGUGGUGCUUUCAGUUGUGGACACUCAGUUUGUUUUUGUGUUGCCACUUUCCAGGUAAUCAACUCCAAAUCCAAACCAGACUGAUGCUCAAACAAGAUAAUCAAUGUUUGAGUGAAACAUUAAUUUUUAUUACCGCUGUUGCUUCACUUCUAGCACCUAUACGAAAAUGACUGACUGUGGCAUUUAAAAUGUAAAAAUGCACAAACAUAGUGCACUUACAUGCACUGUUUUGUUCGCUGACAGAAAACAACACAUGGAUAAAAUCACUCGCUUUCAUCUAGGACUAAUCUGAAAUGAGAACACUUUGUCUGAUUCUUUUCAAUGUAAUUUUUGCUCACACACCUGUCUGAGCACUGCAGCCGCUAAGCAGCAUCAGUCUGGACUGUGAGGCGUUUAGGGGACAUCGGUAAAUAUAGGGUCUGUUGAUAAGCAAAUGUUCAGCUAGUGAGGUGUUUCACCUCUGUCACACCAGUGUGACGACUGAAAAAAUUAGUCUGAAGUAUCGGUAUCAGUAUUAAUAUUGGCGAUACUGGUCCUGUAUUUACUUGGUAUCAGAUUGAUACCAAAUCUUGCAGUGUUGCACAUCACUAUAUAAUAUGCAUGAAAUAUGUCUCAAAAUAAUAGGACAAAAUGUGAACAUGUCCGAGCAUGUUCUCUGUAAAAGAUGACCUAAUGAUAACCUAAUGUCCUCUGUAAAGUGAGAUCUUGGAGUAAAAUAUGACAACCUGACAUCAUGAUCUGACCAAUAGAUUUAGAAAAGUAUCAUGGUGUCAGAACUGUCACUCCCCUCAUACACCCUGUAGGUGAAGCAGAGUUAAUGAUUCCACUUGCCAUCACUUAUCACAUGUUACAUAUCUGGUUCCCACGGUGACCGGAUAUUGCAUGUGCACACUCUUCCGGGUCCCUGCAGACUUGGAGUGUGCGUCCCCACAUGGCGGUCUGCUAUGUCUGGUCUCCGUGGUAAGUUGACCAGUAUAAGCAAUGCUAGAAAAAUGCUAAUUAAGUUUAACCUCCGUGCUGAAUAUUUUCUUUUGUGUUUUUAGCAUUAUCUUGAGGUUACCCCAUGUGUGACUAUGGGAGAGAAAUGCCUGUGUGUUUUAUCAGGUGCAUGUUCCAUUCAUUUUCUCAUAUUAAUAUGGGCGGUCUCAGUCCGCUCUGUCCGGUCUCCAUGCAUUAUGUUUAGUUUAUUAGUUUAUUUGUCAGGGACCAUGUACAAAUGCAUUAUUCUUGAAAAGAAGAGAUGCUUUGUACCAGAUUUAGCUAUUGCUAUUUUCCAUCUGCAGUCCCUGGAGGUUACCAUGUGUGCGACUGUGAGAGAGUGUUUACCAGCUCCUGCAAAUAAACAGCGGAUUUGGUGGCAAAUCAGGAGGUGGAAGAUGCUCCACCCUUGAUUGUCCCCACAACACAGGAUAGAGAAAGUACACAACCGUGACCUAGUCGUGGAAAACAUGACCAAGUCUCGCAGCAUAAAAGACGUUGCACAGCUCAGAGCUCAGGUUUUUCUUGGGGUGUUAAUCACUGCUAAAAACACUUCUGGAUUUUUAGCAGCAAUAAAUCCUGCUGCCUCUGAAUGCUGACUUCUCUUGGUGCUUUUUUGUUGAAGAUCUUUAACAUCUGAACACGGUCAAGUGUGAGACUCUGGCUCAUGAUUUGCGACUUAGAUUACACUUCAACAACACCUGUAUGUGCCAAGGGACUUUUAUGGAGCCAGAUGACUCAAUAAAAGUCAAAUAACUUUAUGAAGUAUCUCUUGCUUCAUAAUCCAUGUCCUCGAGGCUGGGGAGUGCUGCUGACCUCCUUCUGCAGGGUCUUCUGGUUGCGAGCGGUGCUGUUCUUGUACCACUGGACGAUGUUUCCAGUUAAAGUGUUCUCCACCGUUCCAGGGUAAAAUGUCGCUCCUUCAGAGAUACUCUGAAUUUCAUCAGACUGUCUGAGGUGAUGCAGUGUGUAUGUGUUUUGUCUGUGACAGAUCCUCAGAGAUGUGCACUGCCAGAUACUUGAUGCUGCACACAAUUUCUACAAGUGAUCUGUUCAUCCUCAGUGGAGAGUAAUUCCUCUGCUAGCUUCUCCAAAGUCCACCAUCAGCUCCUUGGUUUUGCUGACAUUCAGCUGCAGGUUGUUCUGACACCACCGUGACAGACUGUCAGCCUCCUCUUUUAUGUCUGCUCUUCAUUUUGUUUUGCCAGGGAUUGCAUACCAGUACAGGUAGUUAAUGAGUAAACCAUGAAACAUGAUCACGCACAUUGAUGUCAUUAUAUUUUGACAGCCUUAUAUCACAAAUCAAACUUUAUUCAAUCAACAAACUCAAAAUAUGUGUGCGAGGAUCCUGAUGACUUCAAAUCCAUCCAAAAAAUACAUUAUAAUUCUUUUAAUAAAUUUCUUCAAAGUCCUCACUUCAUAUAUUGUAUGAAUCUGUACAGACAUGGAUAUAAACUGCAACUUUACUGAAUGAUGGAAGAACACAACUGCUUGGCUAUAAUGAUUAAUGAUUUAAUUGACUGAAUGAAUUACUUUUUUCAUAAAAUUGAAGCACCAAGCUGUGAUUAAAGUCAUGCCAGCUUCGACUUUCCAGUGUCGACUGAAAGCUUUUGGAGACACCAAAACUCAGAAAUGGACUGCACAGGGACAGCACUUCAAUGCUUUCAAGUGCUUUCAAAGCACUUAUCUCUUUUAUAGCAUAGCUUAGUGUUUUUCCCAAAGAUUGUUGUCAGGCUCUCAAAUUCUUUAAAACACAGAGCUUCUGCAACUCCAGCUUUGCAGUUUGUGGGGAUAAUUAGU